AUGAUGACCAAUGGCAAUAGUAACAGUAAUAAUAAUGAAAUAUUGUCAAAACGAUCUACAAUGAAAGCAACAUCAUUAUUUGAUAUGAUGUCUUCAACGAACAGUAAUAAUAAUUCAACGAUAAAUAGUGACAAUCGUAUUAAAUUUAUUGAUAUUCUUGUAUGUGGUUCAUGUCAACAAGAUUUUCAAUUAUCGGAUAUUCUUAAAUUUAUUGAACACAAAGCUAAAUGUCGUAAUAAAGAAAAUAAACAAAAAAUACCAUAUCAUUUUCCACGACGACGAAGACGACGACGGCGUCGAAGAGAAGGUUACAAUGAUGAUGAUUACGAUGAUGAUGAUGGUGAUGGUGAUGGUGAUGAUGACGAUUAUGAUGAAGAUGAUGAUAAAAUUCAACAAAGUGGCAAUUCAAGUGAAAGUGAUAAUGAAAAUAAUAUUCAUCGUCAUCAAUCUGAUCGUCAACAAUUAUCACAAAAACAAAAAACAUUUUCGAAAGUUCUUGUUGAUGCAAGUGCUAAUACAUUAAACAGUCAUUCGGAACCUUAUAAUUUUGAAUGUAAUGAAUGUGGUGAUGUUUACAGUUCAGCUUGGUUUCUCAUACAACAUUAUCAACGCUUACACGGUUUGAAAAUGUACAGAAAUUGUCUAAAUGAAAAUUCUUCUGCUAAUAAUAAUAAUGAUGAUAUUAAUCCAACAACAGCAGCAACAGCAGCAGCAUUGAUGAAUAAUAGUUUAUUAACAAAAGAUCCAUCAAUGCUCAAUAUUGAUCUUACUUUACUUGAAAGUGCAUUUAAACAAGCUACACCAUCUAAUUCUUCCCUGGCAUCAUCAACAACAUUCGCUUCAAAUCAAUUAAUAGCUGCAGCUAAUGCUGCACGAUCAGUACAACAACAACAACAACAACAUUCCCUAUCUAUACGAACAACAGCGGAUAGUGAAUGUAAUCCGCGUGGUUCUCUCUCAGCAGGUGCUAACUCUAAGGCAAAUGUGCCAUUUUCAGCACUUCCUUCAUCAACAUCUACUGGAACAUAUUCAAGCUUAUUACCAGAUUCUGAUCGAUCAAACGCAAUUGUCCAAUUACUGAAAGAAGUAGCUAAACAACAAACUUGUAAAACAUAUGAAAAAGAUAAAUUAAAUAAUACUACAGAUACACAAUUUCUUACACCAAAAUCUUUUGAUGUUACGACAUCUCAAAUUGCAAACGAUUCAAAUAACAAUGUACAUAGUCAUUAUGAAGAAUCAAAUCAUAAUACUCGACGUCAAAAACGACGACGACCACCGGAUUCUGAUCAUAAUGAUGAAUUUGAACAUAAACAAAUAACGUCAUCAUUAUCUAUUUCAAAUUCAUCAAAUCGAGUUUCGACAUUAUCAGCUGGUCCUAUGCGUCGUCUCUCAGCUUCAUCAACGCCUUCAAUAUCAUUAUCAUCAUCUGAAGAUGAACCAGCAUCAUCAAUAUAUCAUCAUGGAAGAAAUGGAAAUAAAACAACUGCAAUUGAUACACCAUUUAUAACUGUUGAUCAAUCACAAGAACGAAAACGUCAUCAACGUAAACCAACACGACAAAAGUCAACACAAUUAAUAAAUGGUAUUAAUUCACAACAACCAAUGACAACAUCAGUUAAAGAUGAACCAUGCGAUACAGAUGAUAAUUGUGCUACUUAUAAUACUAUUAAUGAUGAUAAUCAAUCAACAACAUGGAAAAAACCUGGAUUAUUAUUAAAAACCGGUGGAAAUCUUUCAAAUGAAUCGACUAAUGAAAAUCGAACAUCAAUAACGAAUUCAUCAACUUAUAAAUGGCUUCAUCAAGCAUUUCGUUCAUUAAUACCGUCACAAUCACAAAUGAAUGAUAUUGAAAUAACAAUACAACAAUCGCCACAAUCAAUUUCAAUGAUUGACAGUGGUGGUGGUGGUGGCCUUGUAUCAACACGUUCAUCUCCAUCUCUAUCUAUAACAUCACCAUGUUCAACAUCUGUACUUAAUUUAUCAACUACAAAUGGAAAUAAUCUUAAUGAUCAAAAUUCCCCAUCUCAACCGAAUGUAAUUGAUCAUUCAUUAACUUCACCUGAUGGUGAUUAUCAUCCUCAUCAAUCAAGAAUAUUAAAUCAAACAAAUCGAAAUGAAAAUAAUUUCAUAUCAUCAACAUCAACAUUUUUUACAAAUAAUGGUAUUCAUUUAACUAAUGUAUCGAAUUCAAAUUCUCAACGAUUAAUAAAACGUGAUCGACGUAAUGAUACAUGUGAAUAUUGUGGAAAAGUUUUUAAAAAUUGUUCAAAUUUAACUGUUCAUCGUCGAAGUCAUACAGGUGAAAAACCAUAUAAAUGUGAAUUGUGUGCAUAUGCAUGUGCACAAUCAUCGAAAUUAACACGCCAUAUGAAAACUCAUGGUCGUGCUGGAAAUGAAGCAUUUCGUUGUCGUUAUUGUUCAAUGCCAUUUUCUGUGGCAAGUACUUUAGAAAAACAUAUGCGUCGUUGUGAUCGUAAUCCUCAAAUUCUUGCUGUAUUUAAACAACAACAACAACCAGCAACAUUAUCAUCAAUAAAUAAUAAUCGAAAAUCAAUAGCAAAUGUAAAAAAUGGAUUUUGUAUUGAUACAAUUGAUGAUAAUGAAGAAAUGAUUUCUGAUGAUUAUUCAUCAUAUGCUGAAAUAAUUGAUGAACAAAAUGAAGCAAGUUUAGAUGAAGAUGCUGAUGAUAUUGAUUAUACUGAACAACCAUCAAAUGAGCAAUCUUGA